GUGGAGACGAACGGGGUUAGUUAUACGGCCAGUCGCCUUGCCUUCCUCUGCAAGCAGCUCGGAUCCGAAGGCUGUUUUCCUCCUUCUCCCUUCCCCACCCCCGGGCAAGAGAUGCACCGCCGGGGCGUGGGGGCCGGCGCCAUCGCCAAAAAGAAAUUGGCAGAGGCCAAAUAUAAGGAACGUGGGACAGUUUUGGCUGAAGAUCAAUUAGCCCAGAUGUCUAAGCAGCUGGAGACUUUUAAAAGUAACCUAGAAGAGUUUGCUAGUAAACACAAACAAGAAAUCCGUAAAAAUCCUGAGUUCAGAGUCCAGUUCCAAAACAUGUGUGCAACAAUUGGUGUUGAUCCACUAGCCUCUGGUAAAGGAUUUUGGUCAGAGAUGUUGGGUGUCGGAGAUUUCUACUAUGAGCUGGGUGUCCAGAUUAUUGAGGUCUGCUUGGCUCUCAAGCACAGAAAUGGAGGAUUAAUAAUAUUGGAUGAACUCCAUCAACAAGUGCUCAAAGGAAGAGGAAAAUUUGCUCAAGAUGUUAGCCAAGAUGACCUUAUCCGAGCAAUUAAGAAGCUGAAAGUUUUAGGAAAUGGCUUCGGUAUUCUUCCUGUUGGUGGGACAUACUUGAUCCAGUCUGUGCCAGCUGAACUAAAUAUGGAUCACACUGUUGUAAUACAGCUUGCUGAGAAAAAAGGGUAUGUGACUAUAAGUGAAAUCAAGUCCAGUUUAAAGUGGGAAAUGGAACGAGCCAAGCAAGUGCUGGAUCAUUUGCUGAAGGAAGGGAUGGCCUGGCUUGAUACACAAGCUCCAGGAGAGCCACAGUACUGGCUACCUGCCCUCUUUACCGAACUGUACUCUCAGGAAAUCACACCCGAAGAAGCAAAGGAAGCUUUACCUUGACAGUAUCAAAGAUGUGUAUUAACUGAACAUGGAAUUAGGUUGAUUGCUGGUUGUUAAUAUGAUAACAUUGAACAGUAGUUAUUAUCUUGGAUCUUAAAAUAUAAGAAAAUUUCUGCUUUGCUAAUAACUAAUUUCAGCAUGUGUUUGAUACUAAAUGUGGAUUUCUGCCAAAUGAAGGUUUUUAUUUCACAAGCAAGUUUCUGGUUCUUGUAAUGGGGAUGAGACAGCAGGAGUCUGUCCAAAAUUGUAGCCUUUUCUUUCAGUUAUUGUAAAUGUUUAGAAUGAGGACUGAUGUCAGAUGCUAAAACUGUUUGAUUUCUUUUCAUUUGCUUAUCCCAAGAUUGUUGAGUAGUAUAUUGACUGAGCUAUAUACAUACUGAAUCCCUUCUCUUGUAAAGGGUUCUGUGUAAGUCUUUCUCUGUAUAAUGAAACAGCAGGAAUUCUUUAUUGCUACUUGGAUUUGGGGUAAAGGACCAAACUAUUAUUGUUAUUUCCAACUUAUGGAUCAUUGGAGGUUUCCACUAUUUCAUUUUUUUUUAAGCAUUUGGAAAGACAGUUUAGAAAGUCAUGGGUAAUUCUUAGUCCAAUUUCAGCCAUUCAGGCAGUCAGGAUUCCUCUGACCUGAGAUACUGUGUGAAAAUAUACCUUCACAACCGUAACCAUGUUGUGCCUUAGCAUGUUGAAAUCUGUAAACAGUAAAUAUACCCUUCCAUAUUUGUGCAGUGCACAUACAAAUUUGAAAUUCAUAAAGCUAUGUCUUAAAUUUCAUGUGAAUAUAAAACUUUAUUGACAUUUGAAAAACCA